AAAUAAUAUUAUUAUAGUCAUUGUUCUGAGCUGCAUUGUGUUUUGUAGACAACCCACAUUUUCAUCGUUCAAUCAGUGUAAUUGACGAUGUCCCAAAAUCAUAAUUACCUGGAAGCAGCUCAGGCUGGUGACUUGUCUGCCGUAAAGUACUACCUCGGAUUGCAACCAGAAGUCGACGUCAACUAUCAGGAUGUGAAACUGCAAAGUGCACUGCACAGGUCAGUGAAGGCGAACAGAAACUCCCAUCAGAUGGUGAGGGAUUUGAUUGAAGCUGGAAUCGAUUGUAGUCUGUUGGAUGACCGGAAUCAAACAGCAGCCGAGUUUGCCCGACGCGUUGGAAGAGGCGAUUUGAUGCUGCUGAUGUUGGAAUGCGAAUUCCGGGACGUACCAGUGCGAGAUGUUUUCUAUCAGCUGAUACGAAGGGAGAAUAUGGAGUUAGUUUGUGUGUACGUGGAACAGCAGAAGCUAUCUAUUAAAGAGGCAGUACGAUUUACGGAGGAAGCCUACGAAGUGCUUCGGAUGAAAGGAGUAAGGCUAACGGAGCAGGUUCAGUACGAAGUGGAACAGGAAUUGGUCAAUUAUUAUAGUAAAAAUGCGACCUUUUGUGAAAUUAAGGUGAACGAGAAAGAGUUGUUGGAGUACAUUGACUUUGUGCUGGAGAACUCGGAUGAAGAGAAUCUAAACGAGACGGGCGAUGAAGUACUGAUGGCAUUGCGAGAGCUUGUGAAGCUAAUGUACCUUGGAAAGCACCAGUACGACGACGCGAUGAUGGAGGUUCAGUAUUGCUUGUGUGCUUUUGUAUCGGUCUAUGAUAGAUUGGAAGAUACGGCGUUAUAUACAUUGGUUAUAAACAAGCAGAUGGUGCUGAGAUUUUUGCGUCUGGUUGCAAAACAGCUACGAUGUAGCGACAGAACUUUAUCCAGCAGAGAUAGAAAAGUUCGGAAGGAGUUAAGGAAAACAUUUGUUCUUUUGAAGGAGGUAAACUCUGUUGGUAAAAUAGUAACUUACUUGAAGAAAGGGUGUGAGAUAGAUUUGAAACAGCAUGACGAUAAAGAAGUAAACCAACUGGUUAUAGAUCGGUGCAUUCAAGUCGUGGGAGAAUCCAUCAAGAGCACCAAGCUGUCACCGAAUUUGUCUAAGCGAAUGCAAACGGCAUUCGAAUACAUAGUAUCUAGUGGAACGGCUUUAAGUUACAGAAGUACCCGGGAAUUUCACUCCCACGGUUAUCCGGUGAUUAAGUAUUUACUAGAAAAAGAAAAUGAUUUCGCCUCGUACAGGAAACUGCAGGACAAUUUAAAAUCCAUGUUGAGCCUUUUCGAGUGCAUGCUUUCCACAUUGCUGAUCACCAUCAGUAAACGCUUUCUAGGCUCACUGUACAAAAUGAAAACAAUCAAACAAAUGCGCUCAUUGGCAAUGUUUGCCCAUCUGGAAUUUAUUGAAAGCUUUCAGAGUCCAGUUGCAUUUACAGAGAUGUUCUACAGUGAAAAAGUCGUGAUGAUGCUUGUUAAUGAUUUGAAGAUCUUACUGAUAGAUGAUUUGGUGAAUCACCAAGCGUUGAUUUAUUUAGAGGAUCGAUUGAAGCUUUAUUUUCAAAAUAUGUCCAAGCAAGGUCACAACUAUCAACAGCUGGGUCAAAGCUUUGCAACGUAUCUACGUGUGGUAAGGAACAACCAUAAUGUUGAUAGUAUAAGAUCAGUUCUCAAAUUUCCACUGUUGCAUCCAUGUCCAAAAUAUUCUAUAAGCUUUUGUUCUCAAGAGUCCCGUGAAAUUAGCGGAACGGUACGCAGUUUGCUGAAUAAUCUGCUGCAGUCUUGCGCCGAUAAGAAAGAUCAUCAGAAAAUUAUAAACACCGCAUUGGAGCUUUUCAAUCAGUUGGACAGUGAAUCCUCGUCUGGACUGGAUAUGGUUCGGCUGAAGCAAGCAAAUCGAGCCUUGGAUCGUUAUCUAAAGGAAACUCUUCAUGAAUGUGGUGCAGACGAAAAAGUGUUCACACAAAUCUCUCAGAAGCAGCUCAAGGAUCUGAGUCGCAAUAUAUUCAAUGUUAAAGAACGGUUCAAAAUUCUUGCCCUUCCUGACAGUCCCAAACUUAGAGCCGUCCGGAAGAAGCAGGAAAAUGAGUUGCAAAAUGCAUUCGAGCGAAAGAUUGCGACCUUAAAAAAGUUGCUACUAAAAGGUUCACAACCGACGGGCUCUGGACCUUAUAAUUAUAAGAUAAAGGAAAACUGGACAGUUCAGUUUGCUAUUGAGCAUGUGCUUUUGGAAAUUAGCGAGAUUUUGCUUGGAGUAGGAAUAAUGAAACCAAAUCUGCAUCUACUGAACCAUCGAGCUCCAGUGAUUUGUGGGAAGAACUUGCGUGAUGGCUUGGCACACGAUAUGUUGAUGUAUAGCGUUAUCAGCGAGAGUUGCAGGCAUCUCAUUUGCAACGCUAUUUAUUACGCUAGCCUAUCCAUCAAGCUAUAUGAGAAAACAGAUAGGACUAAACCGGAGGUUUUGAGCCGAAAUAAAUGCAGUAAAAUCGUGGACAAGCUCCAUUGGUUUGAAAUGCAAAGUAAGUUAUACGAACAGUUAAAAGAUAUGGAAAAAUUCGAAUUCAAGCGUGUUGAAAUCGAUGGACCUGAUAUUCUUGGGUGUACACGAGAAACCAAAUCAGACCUGACGAUGCAUUGCAACAACGCCCUCAUUCAUGCAAUAAAACACAAUGUUCAAAUAUUUGUGGAUCACAUUGACGGCACUAAACCUUCUCAAUCAGCUCAAAGACUGAUAAAUACAAUCAACCAUCCUCUGAUUCCUCGUAAAAAGCCAAAUCAAUUGAGUGCUCCGGAAAAGGCACAGAUACUUCUGAGCAUCACGCUGGCAGCAGACAACUUUUCCUUGUAUCGCAAAGUGACCCAAAAGUGUAAUGCUUCAUUGACUUACGAAGCGGCAUUCAAACAAAAUCCGGCAGUUUUGAAUCACUUGGAUGAACUAAAUCUACCUCUGUCAAAGCAAAUGUUGCUUGAUGGCAUUGAAACAGGAAAUACUGCAGUUUUCAAAAUGCUAUUGAAGAAGCUGGAUACACAAACUAUCAUCGCUUGUUCUCCGCUGCUACACGCUCUAAUAUACGGACAAGUUGAAAUGGCUCAACUGCUAGUUGAAAUAGUAAAGCCAAACGAAAAGGACGCUGAAAUUGCUGUUAUAUACAACUUUAAUAACAUUCUGAAACAUAUUCUUCGUAAGGUGAAGGAUGUCCGCAGUUUGGUCUUGUACGCAGUUGCACGUGACAACCUGGAAGCAAUCAAACUGAUGGAAAUCAGUCCCAAAAUCUAUAGCAACAUUACUGGGCUUCUCCAUCAUGCAGCUUACUUAAACCGAAUUUCCAUACUGGAACAUUUCCUACGGAAUGACGAGUGGCGAAAUAGGAUCGACGAACUGGAUGAAAAUAAACUCACAGCAAUUGAAAUAUGUGCUCAGAACGGAAACUAUUCAGCAGUCAAGUUGCUUUCGCAGUAUACCACCAACGUAAAAAGUGCAAUUAAUCGUGCUUCUUUUUCAAAUUACAAUAGCAUCGUGAAAUACCUGCUCCGACACAAUCCUCAUUUGCUACCAGACUUGCGUAUCAUCUUGGUUAACCGAGCAAUUGAGAACAAAAACAACAGUCUUCUAAAGUAUCUUCUCGGUCGCCAUGUAAGUGAUAAUCUGGACCUAUCGCAGCAAUUCCUGGGAGCCAUCAACUUUAACAACUUUGAGGCUUUGGAGCUUCUUCUGAAACACGAUCCACAAUGCGCUCAUGCUAUUGAUCUCAAUGAAAAGUACAAUGCAUUCCAUAUUGCCGUGCAAUCUCUGAGCCUAAUGAAGAAAGUGGACGUCAAGUCCCGAUUCUAUAAAAUUCUCAAUCUACUUGUUGCUCAUAAGGUAAAUCCUGCAGCUAAGAACAAACACGGAAUAACCCCUCUGCACCAGGCUUCCUCCUUUGGCAAUCCUAAAAUAGUAUCUCGUUUGCGUAAGCUUGCCCCCAACACCAUUAACGAAGCGGACGCUAUCGGUCGCACUCCUCUCAUCACUGCUCUAAUCACCGAAAAUCUACCAAUCGUCGAAUAUCUUUUCAAAAACAAAGCCGAAACAAAUGUCCUUUCGACGUUCAGAUAUUCCCUUCUACACAACGCUCCACCAGUUACCCACUUUCUGACCACAAACACCGAAUGUCUCGAGUAUGCCGUCAAAACCUUGCAUGUCGAUCCUGACCUAACGGAUUCUUUCGGCCGAACACUGCUGCAUGAACUCUGUCUGAUGGACAGUGCAGCGAUGGUAAAAUUUCUGUUGGAACAGUGCAAAGCGAAUAUCGCCGCUCGGGAUCUUUAUGGUGAAACUGUGCUGCACCAUGCUGUCCGGUACGAUAGUCAGACGGUUCUGGAGUAUCUUUUGAAACGACCGGAUUGCGAGCUGGAUCAGCCCAAUGCACAGGAAUACACACCGUUGGUGCUAGCGAUUGUCAUCCCCGAUAGGAUGCACAUGGCGCAAAAAUUGGUCAUAGCCGGUGCAUCGAAGGAGAAGUUGCUGCAGGUGGUUACGGGCAGCUGCCGGGAGGCGCUUGCACAUAUUCAGUAACCAAUAUCGAACA